CCAGAAAGGUGAAUGUUGUGUGGAUUUGAAAAUUUAUCUUAAUAAUUACUAACGUUCUUUCACAGUAUUUCGAUCCUGAAAAUAGUUUAUUUUUGAAAAUAAAUCCUUUUUUGCUCUUCAUACAAUUUGAAUUUGGGUUUGACAUUUGUUCGCCGCAUGCGGAAUGCGUCUGGUGGUGCAGGAAAAUGUAAACAAAUCGACUGAUAAAUAGAAGCACAUGCUCGUAGAUCUUUGGAGCAGAUAACAAUAUUCAAGUAAAGGGGGGAAAUAUGGAACAAUGCAAAGAGCCGAGCGUAGCUAAAGAGGCGGUUCUGCAGGAAAGUUCCAAGUUACCAGAAAACACUCCGAAAGUUUGUGGCUACGAUUGGAACGAAGGCCACAGUUAUGAGAAAUUAUUCAGCACAUACAUACACAGUGGCUUUCAAGCGACGAAUCUUGGGAAGGCAAUUGAAGAAGUGAAUAAAAUGAUUGCUGCACGACAUGCGCCAUUGCCGGAGGACAAACUGGAUGCGUACGAAGAGGAUGAAUUUAUAAGGCGAAGAAAGAACUGUACCAUCUUCCUUGGCUACACUUCCAACAUGGUGUCGGCUGGUGUGCGAGAAACGAUUCGAUUUCUAGUGCAGCACCACAUGGUGGACUGUAUCGUAACAACGGCUGGCGGCGUGGAGGAAGAUUUAAUCAAAUGUCUGGCCCCAACAUACCUCGGUUCGUUCGAACUGGUUGGACGUGAGCUGCGGGAACGCGGCAUAAACCGAAUAGGGAAUCUACUCGUUCCAAAUGAAAACUACUGCAAGUUUGAGAAUUGGGUCAUUCCGAUCCUCGAUGAGAUGUUACAAGAACAGAAAAGUAAGGGAACGCUUUGGACACCAUCGAAAGUGAUCGCUAGGUUGGGUGAAAAAAUUAACGAUGAAUCAUCGAUAUACUACUGGGCAGCUAAAAAUCGCAUUCCAGUGUUCAGUCCCGCCCUGACCGACGGCAGCCUGGGUGAUAUGAUGUACUUCCACUCGUUUCGUAAUCCUGGGCUGGUGGUCGAUAUUGUGUCCGACUUGCGUCGGCUCAACACGAUGGCUGUGAAAGCGGUCCAAUCGGGUAUCAUCAUUGUUGGAGGUGGUGUCAUAAAACAUCACAUUUGCAACGCGAAUCUGAUGAGAAAUGGGGCCGAUUAUUCCGUGUUCAUUAACACAGCAUCGGAGUUCGAUGGGAGUGAUAGUGGGGCACGACCGGAUGAGGCCGUAUCGUGGGGUAAAAUUAAGAAGGAUGCAACACCGGUGAAGGUAUAUGCAGAAGCUAGUCUGGUGUUUCCGAUACUGGUUGGGGAAACAUUUGUAAAAGAUCAUUAUCGGAAAAAAUAAAGCAAUAAGUCCGAACAG